AUGGCAAAUUGUAAACCGAAAUACGAAAGUGACGCAAUAAACAUGAUAACAAAUAUUAUAAGUGAAAAAUACAGCAUCGAUACUGCUCCGGAGCGGAGUUUGGUCGAUCUACGGUCUAACAUGCGCUCGGGCAGCCGAUCCACGGACUGGGAUGGAAUGCGCUUGAUCGACCGGUCGAUCAACAAAGGACCGCUCAAGAAGCUGGUGCGACGGAAAUGA